AUGCCAGGCAAGAUCAUCUCCCUGUGCAAGGGGCGGAAGGGUAAGCAAGCACUCAAGCUGAGGAUGACGACUGCAUGCUCUUCAUGCGUAACAAGAGACAGAGCCAAGCUCGACGAAGACGCAAAACUGCGCAGCGUUCUUGAUGAUAUCGAGACAUGCUUACAAUCCUCCGGCAAAGAUUCUGGAAAUGUUUUCGCACAACUCAAGCAUGACGCCAAGGCCUGCCAUGAGGCUGCGAUUAAAAAUCUGUACGUCCAAGCUCGGGAGGAUCGGCGCAAGAAUGCCAGUCGAAAACCGCAUUUUCGCGAACUCGAUGGAGGAGAAGCGGAACAAGACCAAGCGGAACGCAACAAAAUCCAGCACAAUGAAUUCCAGCGCAAGCUCGAGGUUAUCGCUCAGUGGCACAAGCGAAAUGCUCAGACAACAGAGCGUUGUCCAGGUAUAUGUCAACAGCCCAUCGGAGAAGGAUGCGUAUGUGAGAAGGGCGCAUCCGACAAAGUCUCGCCUGCUGUCCGUCCGUGGACGGCUUCGUGGCUCACAUUGCCAAAGCAGCCAGAACAAUCGAUAGCGCCUUGCCCGAAGCUGAUCUUGCGCCCCACGCCGCCAAAGCAGCAAAAUGGUACCAUUGAGAGGAAACGGAAGCGUGCAGGAGACGACUCGACAGAGCCUUUGUGUCCCAGUAGAAUUGUGCGCACGCCAAACGAGAACCCCGGUCCACGUCCAUUGAAAAGGGGGAAGGAGAAGCYCCCACAGAUGGUGCGUGCCGCCUGA